AUGGCGCCUCUUAAAGUGGAGGACACCUCUCCAACUCCAUCACCGCCUGUUUCUGGAACUGAGCUGUCACCACUUUACAUAGCCAUUCUGUAUGUAGUCAUCCCACUGCUUCUUGUGGGAGGGUUGUUGGGUGGCAAGAAAGUAUAUGCCAAGCUAUGGGUACCAGAGGGCUUUCCUAUAUACCGGUCCCGGCGCCAGCCGUCUACCAGACGUGAUCCUGUAGGGCAAGAAGUCUCCAUGAGAUCGAUGAGUAAGAGUUCGUCAGAAAUUGAUGAAGAGGGUGCAUGCGCCGACGACGAAAGAGGGGUACCGGGCGUAGACGUGGAUGCUAGAGGCCCAGGUGGAAUGACAGCCCUUCACUUGGCAUCCUGCCGUGGAACUUACGGUGAUGGCAGCAGCCUUGAUGAUGACAAAGACAGUGAUGACAGUGGAGGGGCCAUGGUGUCGGAUCUACUGUCCCUUGGGGCAAACUAUGUUUCCAAGACGGACCUGGAAGAGACGCCGCUUCAUCUUGCUGCCCGGCACUCAAGGGCAGAUGUGGCUAAACGUCUGUUGGACUACGGAGCAGAUGCGAACGCACGUGACCGUCUCAACCGCACGCCCCUCCAUUUGGCCAUCGGAGCUGAUGCACAAGGUGUCUUCCAGAUCUUGUUAAGGAAUCGUGCCGCAGACCUCGAAUUCCGAAUGGACGACGGUACCACUCCGCUUAUCCUUGCCGCAAGACACGACCUUCCAGACCUGGUGCGGCACCUCAUCAAAGCCGGAGUGAAGGUUAACAGUGCUGACAAUCAAGGGAAAACGGCUUUGCAUUGGGCUGCGUCAGUGAACAGCCUGGAUGUCACCAAAGAGUUGUUAAGAAAUGGCGCCAAGAAAGACGCGCAGGACGAAAAGGGUCAAACUCCGUUGUUCCUGGGUUGUCGUGAAGGCAGCGUACAGACCGUGAGACAUCUCUUGGUGAAUUAUGCCAACAGGAAAGUUGCCGAUUCUAUGGACAUGACACCUGAAGAUAUCGCUAAACAAAGACAUCAUCACGACAUUGUCGAAUUGCUUACGGAUUGGUCACUUGGCUGUAACUCGCCUAAGGCAGUUCCAGCCCCUACUUCACCCCCGAGGGGCAAAAAUCACCCAUGGUUAGCAUAGCAUCUCCUCUGGCAACAUCGCCACCAGCUGUCGAAAUUCCCAAUGGUAGCGCGGCAGCCAUGGUACAACAAUUCC